AUGGCGACCGCAAAGAGUUUCACCGAAAUUCCCCGCAUCGAUCUCUCCCUAGCCAGCGACCCCAAGACGGAACCACGCCUUCUAGCUGAUCUCCGCCACGCCUUGACCAAGGUCGGCUUUCUGUACGUCGAGAAUCAUGGCGUACCACAGGACGCAACCUCUGCCCUGGUAAACGCCCUCCCCGUACUUUUCGGCCUUUCAGACGACGCAAAGGACGAGGUAGCACUCACCAACUCGCCCCAUUUCCUGGGCUACAGCGCCGAUGGCAGCGAGAUGACUGCGGGGGAAGCAGAUCGCCGGGAACAGUUCGAGUUCGCCAAUGAGUUGACGGCCACCUGGACUGAGGGCGUUCCUAUCCGGGAGCGCUUGAGAGGGCCGAAUCCAUGGCCGUCAGCCUACCCAGCCAUCCGUCCCAUCGUUGAGAAUUACAUCCAAGAGAUGACAAAAUUGGGGGAGCGAUUCUUGCACUUGGUCGCCAAGGCGCUGUCACUGCCAGAAGAUAGUUUUCUUCCCUUUCUCUCGGACCAACACCGCCUGAAACUGGUACACUAUCCUGCACUGGGCGCAGAAGAAGCCGGCGGCCAGGGUGUUGGUCCUCACAAGGACUCUUCGGGGUGGUGGACAUUCCUCCUUCAGGCAUCCCCACCGCAUGUCAAGGGCCUGCAGGUCCUGAACAAAAGCGGCAAUUGGGUAGACGCGCCCGUUAUUCCGGGGUCAUUUGUCGUCAAUAUCGGACAGGCUUUCGAGGUCGUCACCAAUGGCGUUUGCAAGGCAACAACACACCGCGUCCUCGGCGGCUCCAUGGAACGAUACAGCGUUCCUUUCUUUCAAGGUGUCAGGCGUGACCUCACGAAAGCUGAGGCAGUGGGAACUUUGAGGGGGCACUUCGAGAAGCCAGAGUUCCGUACUGGUUCAUUAGAGUCAGAGGAAGGACGGUCAAUCGAUUCUGCUUUCCUGCGUGGCAAGUAUGAUACCUGGGGCGAGAGCCAGCUGCGGACCAAGAUCAGGAGUCAUAGGGAUGUAGGGCGGAGGUUUUACGCUGAUGUGUUUGACAAGUAUGUCACUGAUGACGCUUGA